AUGCUCUUCAGUGUUAGCGGAAACUCGAACAAGAAACACUUCUGUUUACAUUGCCUCCAUAGUUGCGUCAGCGAAGAAUCAUUGAAGAAACAUAAGGAGACGUGUCUUCAGGUAAAUGGAACUCAGGCCACAAAGCUUCCAAGUGAAGGUUCAAAAAUAAAGUUCGGACACUACAGGAACUCAAUGCCUGCACCCUUUGUGAUCUAUGCUGACUUUGAGUCCAUGCUAGUUCCUGAGGAAAGAAAAGUUGACCCUGAAGACACUGAGGAGAAGAGUACAACAGAACUUUACCAAACACACAAAGCUUGUAGUUUCGGGUUGAAAACAGUGUGUCAUUAUGAUGAUCAGUACUCCGGUGAAUAUGUAAGCUACGUUGGUGAAGACGCUUCAGAAGUCUUUCUAAAGACAGUUCUGAAGGAAUCCAUCAGGUGCCGAGAAAUGGUAAAUAAAAUCUUUAAGAAAAAGAUGGUAAUUACACCAGAGCAAGAAGCUGAGUUCUGGAUGACAAGGAACUGCUCCAUAUGUGGCAAUGACUUAGGUGACGACAGAGUGAGAGACCAUGAUCAUGUAACUGGACUGUUCCGUGGAGCUGCUCAUAAUAUGUGUAACUUGAAAUACAGAAUUACAUGGAAAGUUCCUGUGGUCUUCCACAAUCUAAGAGGAUACGAUAGCCAUCUAAUAAUGCAGGAGAUCGGUAAGUUCAAGAUGAACAUUAACGUGAUUCCAAAUAACAUGGAAAAGUACAUUUCAUUCUCACUUGGCAAAAGUCUAGUGUUCAUUGAUUCAAUACAAUUUAUGGCUUCAUCUCUAGAGGCACUUGUGAGUAAUCUUUCACCUGAAGACUUUAAGAUAGUCGGUCAGCGGUGGCAAGGUGAAGACUUCGAUCUUGUAAGACAGAAAGGUAUAUUUCCAUAUGAAUACCUGGAUGAUAUCAGUAAACUCGAUACCAAGGAACUUCCAAGUAGAGACAAAUUCUACUCAUCACUAUACGAGUCUGAAGUGAAAGAAGAAGAUUACCAAAGAGCUCUAAAAGUUUGGGAUCACUUUAAGAUGAAGACAAUGAGAGACUACCACGAUCUCUACCUGGAGACUGACGUUCUUCUUCUGGCAGAUGUCUUUGAGAAUUUCAGGAAGACCUGCUUGGAAAAUUACAAGCUUGACCCUGCUCACUACAUCUCAGCACCAAGUCUAAGUUGGGACGCGUUCUUAAAGCAGUCAGGAGAAGAAAUAGAAUUGGUAAGCGAUAUGGAUAUGUUCCAGUUCUUUGAGAAGGGAAUGCACGGUGGGGUAAGUCAUAUUGCUCACAGACACUCUACAGCGAAUAAUAAGUACAUGGAAACUUAUGACAAAGAAGCUGAAAACAAGUUCUUGAUGUACCUAGACGCCAACAACUUAUAUGGCUGGGCGAUGUCUCAACCGCUGCCUAACGGUGAAUUUGAGUGGAUCGAGAACGUUGACGAAAUAAAUAUUGAUGACUACUUAGGAGACAGUGGAAGGGGUAUGGUUCUUAAGGUUGAUAUGGAAUAUCCAGCAGAACUUCAUGAUAUACAUAAUGGUUAUCCACUAGCUCCAGAAAGUAAGGAAAUUGAUGUGUCAAUGUUAUCAGACUAUGCUAAGGAUAUUGCUGAUAAGUUCCAGCUGACAAUUGGAGGUGUACAGAAACUGGUAAACUCCCUAGGUCCUAGAAAGAAUUACGUCCUACAUGUCAGAAAUCUGAAACUCUAUAUGGAGCUCGGAAUGAAACUCAUAAAGGUUCAUAGAGCAGUCUCCUUCAAGCAGUCAACUUGGUUGAAAAAGUAUAUUGACUUCAAUACUCAAAAACGAUCAGUCGCUAAGAAUGCGUUUGAGAAAAACUUCUUCAAGCUCAUAAAUAAUUCCAUAUACGGAAAGACUAUGGAGAACUUGAGGAAGAGGGUUGAUGUGAAAUUAGUGUCGUCCGAAAACAAUCUCCUAAAACUUACAGCAUCUCCGUGCUUCCAGUCUCAUAGAAUUAUGAAUGAGAGCUUGAUUGUGGUAAAGAGGUUAAAGGAAGUGUUAACUCUGAAUAAACCGUGUUAUGUGGGAAUGAGUAUCUUAGACUUAUCCAAAACUCUAAUGUACGACUUCCAUUAUAACACUAUUAAAAAGGAAUAUGGUAACAAGUCAAAGCUCCUCUUCACGGACACUGAUAGUCUCAUGUACGAAAUCAAAACUGAUGACGUGUACGAGGACUUCAAGAGAAUCGGUGAGGAGAAAGAUUGUUGGGAUAAUUCUGACUAUCCAAAAGAUUCUCCAUAUUACUCAGCCCAUAACAAAAAGGUUAUUGGGAAGUUUAAGGAUGAAGCUGAAGGAGUACCAGUGAUAGAAUUCGUGGGGUUAAGGUCGAAGAUGUACUCCUACGUGAAGGAGAGUGGUGGAGGUGGAAUGACAGCUAAAGGUGUGAAAAAGUAUGUAAUUCGAAAUAAACUCACUCACGAAAACUUCAAGAACGUGAUUAAGACUAAAGGUCAAAUGAGACAUAAGAUGAACACAAUCAGGUCCAUCAAACAUAAGAUUGGAACUUACCAACUAAAGAAAAUUACACUUAGCUGUUUCGAUGACAAAAGAUACUUACUUGAAGAUGGUGUUACAAGUUACGCGUACGGACAUCACUCAAUUGGUGAUAUGAAGGCUGAGGUGGUAAUUGAAGAAAAAGUGAAACCAAGCUGGGUACCAGUAAGGGUUGAAACUCAGAGUGAAUACUGCAGACUCGAGCAAGCAGUAGAACUCUAUGAAGGCGCUUCUGGGAAGUCUCAGGACAACGGGAAGAGAAACAUAUUCCUAGACCAGAAUACAAAGUAGUGAUUCCACUAAAGAGGUCUAAGUUUAAGAAACUAGUACCGUUGAGAAUAGUUGUAACCGAUGAGAAUCAUCUAAGGAAAAACUAUGAUGUGUUACCAGAAAAUGAAAAGAAAUACUUAAGAAUGGUGGUGGGCGAGAAGGCGAAGUCGUUGGGUGUUCAGGCAAUCAGAAUCCCUGGAAGCGAUGAGUUGAUUGCAAUUGGAUUUUAAGUAAAGUGUUAACUAAAAGGUUUGAGAUCGAAUGGGGAAGUUGAAAUGAAGACAGAAAAUCGGAGGGUUCUUCGAAGAUGGUCUAGAAAAAUUGGACGAGAAUACUGCAGGAUUCCUGAAGAUUUAAGGCUGAAAUUAAAAAAGAGAUGACCGCGACGAAACCAAUUAGUGGUCUAGAACCCUCAUUCCCUAUACUACUAUUCAGCAGUUUUACCUAGCAUAAUGUAAGCUAUACAACUAUUAAACUAUAUAAGUAUAUAGUUUAGAACAUUUAAGUGUAUAGUAAGAACAUUUAAGUCUGUGUGUAUUAAAUGUCACACCACUCGCCCGCUAAUGAACUUAUCAACCCGAACAUGUUGCUAAAUUUAGUUUUUGUUCGUUUGUUCGUCAAUACGUUUGCUUUGUCUUCUUGUAUUUGUGUUUAAUUAUUAUGUUUGCUUUAACUUCAAAAUAAUUAGAUAUACCAUUAGUUGCUCUUUUUGGAACCCCGUUAUUGGAGAACUAUCUCUGUGUGGAAAUUCCAGUCAUUUGUAACCAUAGUACUCUAUAUAGAUCUAUUGCAAUGGCAAACUUGUAAAAUAAAAAAUAGUAUAUAGCUACACAUAUUGCGAAGGUGUGGUAUAAGUGUGCGUAGUAACAAUCGGAUUGGUAAUGUUAUCUCCUUUGAUAGCAUUGGUUGCGUAAGUACAGUCUCUGGUCUUGGGUGGCACCGCGGCUAUGACACACCAGUCACUGAAAUAGAUACUACAUUGUAUGUAAUAGACAUUGACGUAACCGUACAAAUACUGUACAAUGACCUAAUGUGACUAAUUUUAGACUUUUAGAUAGACAUAAAAGUGUGCGAUCUUUUUACAAUCAUUAAAAAAAUAUUGAUUUUAUGACCAUUCGCUUCACAAUCGCUAUAGAAACAAUCGCCUAGAAGAUUACAACACUCAAUAGCCAAGCUCUAAUAAAGCGUAUGGCAUCACGUAAAAGACAGUACCGACAUCGCGUUCGGUGCUAGGAAUGCAAUAAGGAAGUCGACAGUGAUUAUAAAGAGGUGCAUUCUCGAUUGGUUCACAAUGGUAAAAAAGUAAAAUGUCAUCCAGUGAUGGAAUCAUCGGAUUCAUCCCAGUCGAAAAUCAGUACUUUCUUUGUACAAAGUAACAUGACAACUAAGGACGAUAACCUGCAGUAUUACUUAACCCUACUGGGAACUGAAUCGAGUGGUAGUAAAGAUUCUCCAGUCACAGUGUCUUUUGAGGAAGAUCUAUCUGAGAAAAAUGUGAAGGAACCCAUGAGCGAAGACCAAACAGAACCAAUGACAGCGUUCAUUGAUGUUGAUGAAUUAAAUGCACUACCACAGCUCAGAGAAAGUAGUGAACAGAAUACGGUGACGGACAGUGAAGAUGUUACACCAGAAUCAAUGACGACUUCUGACAUGCUAGCACCUACAUCAAUGGAUGAUCUAAGUUCACCAGCACCUAUUCUAGACGAACAGUCUGAAAAAGGUUUCCGUUCCCAGUGAGAAUACAGAAAAGAUUUCCACCCCCCACGCCCCAAAACAGCCUAUAUUAGAUGAAUUCCCUGCAAGAAAAUUCGGCAAUGAGACAUUUGUGCGAAGAUUUCAAUCUGAAUGGUACAAGAAGUAUCCGUGGAUUAGUUACGAAGUGGAUAAGGAUGCAUGCAUGUGUUUUGCCUGCGUAGAAUUUGGGAAGGAUACUUCAUUUGUGUUUAGGAAUUGGAAGAAGUCAGCAAAGCUAGCAAAACAUGGCAAGAGCGAGAACCAUGUUAGAUCCAUGACAAGAUGGCUCCAAUUCAAAGCAAUGCAGAGAAACAAAACUUCCGUACUACAGCAGCUGAAUACUGCACAUCAGGACCAGGUUGCUAGUAACAGACAAUACUUAAAAGUAAUCAUACAAUCCUUGAUGUAUACUGCACAACAGAAUGUUGCGAUUAGAGGUCAUGAAGAGAACCGGAAUGAUAUAUGGGAGGUAUCUGAUAUAAAUCGAGGGAACUUUCUCGAGUUACUUUGCAUAAGAUGCAACAAUUUACCUUGGCUGAGGUCUAAACUGCAAAGCCAGCUCCAGUUACAUGCUCAGUGGACAUCACCUGCUAUUCAAAAUGAACUACUGGAAAUAGUAGCAAACGUCAUGCUUGAGAGGAUAGCAGCAGAAGCGAGAAGUAGCGACUAUUACGGAAUAGUUGUCGACGAAACGGCAGAUAUCAGUCGAACAGAGCAGGUAUCUCUUUUCCUUAGAUAUGUUUUCGACGGCGAAACCAAAGAGACAUUUACUGGUUUCUAUUCAACCAAAUCCAUGGAAGGGGAAGUAUUAUAUGAGCUAGUAAAGACAGCCAUUAGCAAGCUGGAAUUGAGGUUGGAAGACAUAGAUGCAGAAUGUUUUGAUGGUGCUGCAAAUAUGAGUGGAGCUCGUAAAGGGCUUGCCGCACGUAUGAAGGAGUGUUCACCUCUUAGUAUCUACGUUCAUUGCCAUGGGCAUCGGCUUAACUUGGCGCUACAAGAUACGAUGACCACAAUUGAGCCACUUCAGAAAGCUUUAGGGGUGAUCCAGAGUCUCCAUAAUUUCUUGGAAGGAAGUCCCAAACGCCACGCCAUCUUCAAGGAUAUCGAAGUCGAAGAUGUAACACUGACGAUUAAAUCGCAGAGUGCUACUAGAUGGUCUUGUUGCUGGGCAGCUGUAAAGGCAGUGGUAAACCAAUUGCCUAAGAUCAUCGAGGCUCUUCUCUCACUCUCAAAAGAUCGCGAUCCAAAGACCUACAAUGACAGCAAUUCGCUACUUAACUCGAUUUGUGACUUUCGAUUCAUGUUUGGUUUGAAUGUAUUGAAGGUUAAUUUUGUCCAACACCGAUGGUUUGAGCAGAUACCUACAAGGGAAGCAGAUGGAUGUCGUCACGGCAAAGAAGAGUGUUGAUGGCGUGAUCAAAACACUAAGUGGAUGUCGUACCCAAGAAAAUUUUGAUCUGAUGUGGUCGCGUGCUGAAAUCAUGGCAGACGAAAUCAAGGAACUAAUUGAGGAUACAGAUUUCAAUUUCGAAGAUGCAAAGGUACCAAGACUCCGACAGCCAUCACGGCGGCUGCAGGCACUCGUCGGCGAAACACCUGAAGUGAAUGCACAAGUGGAGUACCGAGCAGCAGAAGACCACUAUCGUAUCACAUGCUACUACCUAAGCAUUGACAAAAUUGUAGCGGAGAUGAAAUAUAGAUUUGAAGGUAAUGAUCAAGAGGUGCUAUUGGCACUUGCAGACAUUGUCUUCAGCAGCUCUCCAACCAGGGAGAAUAUUGAGUUGGUAUCAGACUUCUAUGGUAUCGACAGUGAGCUUCUUGGCAGCGAGAAAAACGUCUUUGAGAAUAUUGACGCCGAUUACCCUGAUUCUGAGAGAAAAAAACGUCGCCAAAAUUGUGAGGAGAAUGUUCGAAAAUGGUGUUCAUGA